GUUAGUUAAUAGAUGCUUUGAAUUGACCUAAUUGAAUUCACGAUCCCAAAUCGAAAGAAGACGAUCAAGGUUCCGAUCUUUUUAGUAGGCAACAAUGGUGAAGAAUGUUAUCUCAAUGGAUCAGCUGAAAGCUUUAUGGCACUCUGAGGUUCACAAUGAACAAAGAUGGGAUGCUAACAUGAAACUUGUCAGAGCACUUGGGGUGUUUGCAGGAGGAGUCUUCCUCAUGCGUAGCUAUGGUGAUCUCAUGGCUGUCUGAAGACACUGAUAACAAUGGAGUAGCAUGUCUUAGUUUUUCACUUUCUCGACUUUUGUACUUGUUCAAGCUGUCUCUCUUCUCUCUCUCUCUCUCUUGUUCAAGCUGUCUCUUCUCUCUCUGAUGAUCUAGUUUCUGAUUUCACCAAUGUGAUCUCUCAGCUCAAGAUUUGUUUCUUGUUUUAAGUGACUGGGAUCUUAUGAACUUAUGAUAUACUGCACUAAAUAAUUUUUUUUAUAUA